AUGUCCGCUCGGAAUUUGGCUAAAGAUGGCAACAGCGAUGCCUUGAACGGGGACUGGUCCACUAUGUGUGAUGUUAACAAGGAGGAGUUACCGAAGAAUAUCUUGAAAAAAAAAAUUGAAGAAUUAUCCGAGAAAUGUAAAAUUCAGAAUAAGGGAUCGGUUUCCGUUGUCACCUUCAUCGGGCUGACCAAUGGCGAGGCAGCUUCCAACCUGAGUUCCAUUGCAAAUGCCAUUAUCGAGAAGACAGUGUUCGGUCAGCCAACCUGCUGCGAUCAAGAUUGCAAUUGCCAACCGAAUAGAGCGACUCUGUUGAUAGCCAAUGGGAAUAAUCGUGGUGUGUGGAUUUACUGUGAUCCGACAAAGAAUACCAUUUAUAUGCUUUUGGAUUCAAUCAAUGAGAGUGACGCGCUUUUAAAUCUAUGGGAAGAUGUCCAAUUAACCACCGAAAAUGAGCAAGAUUUUCAAAGUUGGAUAUGGAAGCAGGAACACGCAUACUUGCGAAUGGUUCUAUUCGUAUUCUUAUUAUCUCAUGUGAUAGUGUUAGCGCAACCAAUAUCAAAAUUGGAUGCAAAUCUGGUUUCAUUACUAAGAACAAUAUCUUCUGUCAAACGACACAUUAUGCCACAUGCGAAUAAUUUUAUGAACUUAUGUUGGCAACACUUAGACAUACCUACACCUUAUGGGCCAUCGUCCACCAGUGGAUAUGGAGGGCGACUGGGAAAUGCGCAGGGUGGGGUGAUUACGCCUGGAAGAUGCGUUCCAUUUCUUCUCUUUCUGUUCCUCGAGGUUCAAUUGCCUACUAUCACAUCAGCGACAGAUGGAAACAAGUCGGAGUCUAAUCAUGAUAAGGUAGCUCCGGGUAGCAUCAAAAAAAUUAAAGAGGCUUUGCAAGCGCGCAUUCGUUACUUGUUUCGUACAUGUCACCUUGUUCAAACCAGCGAUGUUAAUGCGCCAUUCGACAAUCGUCAGCUUUUUACUCUUCCACCUCCUUCCUCUCAAUUCUUUGUCCAUCUUAUUCCGCGCGGUUCCACAGGCAAUUUGUUAUCACCGGAUCCGGCAUUUACAUUUGUUUCAAAUUUAAGAAAUUCACACGAACACAAGAUAGAUAUCGAGUCACUAUUGAGAAAACGGAAAAUGGACCAAAGGGGCGCAGAGAGUUUUGAGAUAAAACUGUUGAAAGACUUCAUUCAGGGGUGGGUUAAGUGGGCAGCCAACGGUUAUCCUCGAAGUUUUGCGAAACGCGGAGUUACUUCCAGCGAGCUGCCUAAUAUUGAACAAUGGAUUUCCGGUUCGGUGGCUUUAAAAGAAUUGUUGUUUGGAAGUCUUGGGAAGGAAAUUCUAGAGAGAAAAAGUUUUAGCACCGUGGAUGACACACUCAACAGAAGGUUGAAGGAUUGUGUGCAGAUCAACAACAGAUUUUCAGCAAGUCAUUGUGCUCAGGUUUUAAGGAAAGCCAUCGACAUAUAUUUAUCCGAAUCUCCCACAUAUUAUAACAAGCAAUAUCAUGAAAUUAAGUUAGAACGUGCCUUGCGGUUUUACAUGCCAUCUGCUCGGGGGCCUUGCAUACAAAGUUAUGCGGAAAAACUGAAGGAAGAAUGUCGGAACAUUUGGGAACGCGGAAGACAGAAAUGUGAGAAGCGAAGUUUGUCAGGUCAUGAAUGUGUCUUAGGGUUAAAUCACGACUCCGAAAAUAUCGAUAGCGGUGGAAAAUAUGGAGGAGUCAAAAAGACCGCAAAACAUCGAAGUUCAUUUCGAUCUCUCCAUGCAUGCAACUGUGGAAGAAGUCGUAAGGAGAGAGAUGAUCCCUUUGACUUAAUUGACGCCAACGUAACUUUUUUUCAGUUUCCCAAUUGUUGUAAUGCGGACGGGAAUCAAUAUAUUAUCUCUCCUCUUAAGAAUUCCACGUCUCCUUCAAUGUGGUCACUUAUACGACUUGGUUCGGGAUCAAUUUAUCGCUCUAACUUUGGUCUUGAUAAAGUGGAUGGUUUCGCCACAAACACAAACUUUUUAUUGCCAAUGGACGUUUCGUUUAUAGCAAAAAAAGUUCAGGAUGAAGUGAUAGGUACAAAUGAUUUAAAUGGAUGGACCGCAGACAUGGUGGGUAGUGAUAACAAGAUAAAGAAAUCACGUGUUAAAGGAUCUAAACAAAAAGGAAAAAGUGGCGAUGAACAAAAGAGUGAUGCUGGCACAUCUUGGCCACCGUUGGGAAAUGACUCUGUUCAAAACGACGCCCAGCAAAACUCAGUGCAAAUGGAUGAUUCUUCUACUACCACCUCGGAUGCCAAGGGCCUUAAGGGUGGAGAUGCAAGUAAAGAGAAAAGAAGUAAGCGUGGUGUUAGGAUUAAUUCAAAGAGAGAACGCGAAAAAUCCGUGAGCGCGUCAAAAGACACUAGUCCGAAUUUUCCUUCGAAAGCUGAUUACCAAAUGUUAAGAGGUUAUCUCGGCAUCGAGUACGAAUGUCCCAUCGGUCACAGAUUCAUGAGUUGCGGACAAGGUCAUGUUUGCAAGUUAGGACACGCGGGACACAUAAAGGAAACCGCGCACACUCUCUUGGAACAAGAUUUACCCAUUUACAUUCUUUGCCCGUGCAACAGUUCAACCAAUAAUUCGCCCACGUUCGCUCAACUACAACGUAUCGUAAUUGUGACUCCUGAUUCAUCGGUGUCGAUGAUCCUAAAUCCCGUAAUCAAGAACUGCAAGGACGAAGAGGCCAUUGUGUCACCGAUGUAUAACUUCCAAAAUAAUGACGAUCAAGGAAUUUCCUUACCAAGGAAUAGCCUGAUCGUUCUGCGUUUACCUUACAUUCACUAUGACCAACACGGCAAUCCCAUUGGUCCGGAUAAAGUCGUUACGUCGGCACUAUACUUGAAAAAGAAAUUUAUUUUCAUUGAGAUGCCAAAGUCCGAAAACUUCACCAAGGGCGAAGACGAUGUAAGCAUAUAA